CUCGCGCGGAAUUCGUCUUUUCCGCUUUUUCAUUGUUCGCGGGAAACUGACCACUUCUGAAUGAAACGUCUAUCCAGCAGGAGCAAUGACUCUUUUUCACCAUGUUGUUGAUCGAGGAGUUAUAAAAAGACGGUUCAAUGGCGAGCGUCGAGUCUAUCCGCUGUCCUCUCUGCUGGACGGGUAUCAGUGCGCGCGACAGGACGAACACAUUUCAUAUGGAGCCUCGGCUGCUGCUGUCCCGCCGUUUGGAUGCACGUUUUCCUCUGCUCCUGGCCAACAGAACAGCCUUGCUGUUGCAAAUGAAGAAGGGUUUGUGACCAUCUUUAAUACCAGAGAAAAACAGAGCUCUGUCCUGAAAGAGUGGCAGGCACAUGAUAAUGCUGUUUUUGAUAUUGCCUGGGUUCCUGGUACAAACAGCUUGGUAACCGCCUCUGGUGACCAAACCGCCCGUCUGUGGGAUGUUAUCACUGCUGACCUGCUGGGAACUUUUAAAGGACAUCAAUGCAGUCUUAAAUCGGUGGCUUUUUCCAAGCAAGAGAGAGCUGUGUUUAGCACUGGAGGCAGAGAUGGGAACAUCAUGAUUUGGGAUACAAGAUGCAGUAAAAAAGAUGGUUUCUACAGGCAAGUAAAACAGAUCAGUGGUGCCCAUAUGAAACCUGAAAGAUAUACACCUCAAAACAAGAAGAGACGUGGGAUGGCGCCCCCUGUGGACUCCCAGCAGGGUGUGACGGUGGUUCUGUUCUGCGACGAGAACAAGCUCAUCUCCUCGGGAGCGGUCGACGGGAUCAUUAAAAUGUGGGAUUUGCGGAAGAACUACACCGCGUACUACCACAACCCCCUCCCUCUACAGACCUAUCCUUACCCAGGCUCCUGCACACGCAAACUAGGAUAUUCUGGUCUGUCACUGGACUCUACUGGCUCCAGACUGUUCUCCAACUGCACAGAUGACAAUAUCUACAUGUUCAAUAUCAGUGGUUUGAAAACCACUCCAGUUGCUGUGUUCAGUGGCCACAGUAACUCCUCAUUUUAUGUGAAGUCCAGUGUCAGCCCAGAUGACCAGUUCCUGGCCAGUGGUUCGAGUGACCAUCAAGCUUACAUAUGGAAGAUUUCAGACCCAAAACAAGCUCCCAUGAUGCUUCAGGGCCAUAGUCAGGAAGUCACAUCAGUGGCCUGGUGCCCCACCGAUUUCACCAAGAUCGCUUCCUGUUCUGAUGACAACACCGUUAGGAUUUGGCGCCUGAACCGCAGACCAGAGAGCGAAAACUCAUCGAACCGAGGCGCAAACAUCGUAGGCUGGACACUUCGUAAAGUCCAGUCACCAACCAGAACACCUGGCCGUUACAGCCCCGUUGAGCUCACUCCAGCCAAAAGUCCUGGUUCAGAGAGGGUGGUCUCUCUGGCUUCACCCCAGCCUGCUUCUUGUGCCCCUACGGGUGCUGAUUUACCCCUACCAUCCAACACCUCUGCACCUUCAGCCAAGCUCAGCAGCCCCAAAAUCCCCUCGUCUAUCCAGCAGUGGUUCAGCCGCAGCAGUUCCCCGGGUCACCAGGGCACAUCUCCUCUCCGUAAGGUGCUCACGCCAGUCCUCCAGGGCCCUUCAUCAGAGCGCCGUGCAAAGCGACGGCUGGAGACGGGGGAUUGCGCUAGAUCUGGUUUGGGAGGGGAGAGUGAAGGGGUGUCUGAAUUGUAUCCCGACGUUAAGCGGAGCAGGAGUUCGGUGAGCGCGGAGAACUGUUCUGAGGAGAAAGGGGACCUAUUCAGUUUGCAGACCGAUGAGAGGCUCUGCUCGACUGGUCAAGCCGGCGCUGGCAAAGAGAACAGCUCUCCGAGAAGGAAUGAUUGGCUGUCGGUGAUCAGUCAGAGAUUUAAAGGAUCGACUCAACCCAAAAGCCCAAACGGCAGCAGCAAACGGCAGGAUGCAAGAACACACAGCGCUCCAGCAGCAAUAUCACCGCGUCCCAUGACGGUCAUCUCUCCAACGCCACACAAGAAAGCAUCACCCUCCAGACCUAUGAAAAAAAUCUCUAGCUACUUUAUGAAAAGAACCCAAGACUGAUUCCUGUGUAGGGAGAGAGUAAAGUGUCUAACAUACG